AGCUUAUUCGUGCAGUAGCUACUCAGCGUUUGACAAGUGCGGAGCGUGUGCACACUCAGAAUACUCAAACAAUAAGAACCAACGAAAAAUAUAAAAAUUAUACACGAAAACAUGUCCAGAAUCGUAAGAAAAUUGAUAAGCACCAACAAUGCAGCCAAACCAGUGGCACCAUAUAAUCAAGCUGUUGUUGCCGAUCGCACUGUCUACGUAUCCGGCUGCCUUGGUCUGGACAAGGAGACAUUGAAACUAGUGCCAGGCGGCGCUGCUGAGCAAACUGAAUUGGCCUUGAAAAACUUGGUUGCCACACUGGAAGCUGCCGGUUCGGGUGUUGACAAAGUGAUUAAGAAUACGAUAUUUGUAAAGGAUCUAAAUGACUUUGGCACUGUCAAUGAGGUGUAUAAGAAAGUUUUCUCCAAAGACUUUCCCGCUCGCAGCUGUGUACAAGUCGCUCGUUUGCCUCUCGAUGCGUUGGUCGAGAUUGAGAGCAUUGCUUUGAUCGGUGAUGUCGUUACUGAGUCUAAUUAAAUUCGUGUAGAAUUCAUUUUUGCUAUUCUUUUUUUUGUAAUAAAACGAAUUUAAUUAAAGUCUGCAUAAAAAGUUUUAA